GUAUAUUCAGGUAAUUUCGUAGUACCCCAUCUAUAUAUCCAAAGUCUGCUUAUCCCACUCUUCCCAAACCCUAGAGACGGCCCCGUCUGCUGCUCCCCUCGAACAGGUAAUUGAAAGGGUGUACUAUACAUUUUUCUUCCGAUUCGGCAGUCAAUGGCUCCUGCUAAAGUUGACAGUUCCAAAAAGGGUGAUCCAAAGGCGCAGGCCUUGAAGACUGCUAAAGCAGUGAAAACGGGCCCGACCUUCAAGAAGAAGGCUAAGAAGAUUCGAACAUCAGUUACCUUUCACCGACCGAAGACACUGAAGAAGGAGAGAAAUCCCAAGUAUCCUCGGAUUAGUGCUCCGCCAAGGAACAAGCUUGAUCAUUAUCAGAUUCUCAAGUAUCCUCUCACUACAGAGUCCGCGAUGAAGAAGAUUGAAGACAACAACACUUUGGUUUUCAUUGUGGAUCUCCGUGCUGACAAGAAGAAGAUUAAGCAUGCUGUCAAGAAGAUGUAUGAUAUUCAGGCUAAGAAAGUGAAUACUUUGAUCAGGCCUGAUGGUACCAAGAAGGCAUAUGUUAGAUUGACACCAGACUACGAUGCCUUGGAUGUGGCAAACAAAAUUGGUAUUAUCUAAAGGUAGUGUCAGGCAUAUCCUCAUUUGGGUUCUUUUCUUUUCAUUUCAAUUUAAAGAGAGUUUUGUCAGGACUGUGAGCAGCGUGGUAUUGCAAACUAGUUUAAAAGUUGUAAUCUUGUCUCAACUAUGGUUCAUGCUUCCUUUUUUUAUUUGAUUAGCUGACAUUUGAAUCAAGUAGGAUUGAAGGUACCAUCUUACUUGGUCGGUUAUAUGGUGAAUCUUUUGCAUUUAUGCAAAGCUUUUUUAUUAAAUCUUUGCUUUUCAAAA